AGACACUUUCACAGUGGUAUGGGGUCUAGAGAAAACGCCGUUGGGCUGGAAGGUGUGGAACUGGGUGCUGAGGGAAAGACAGUGUCCUACUCUGAACUGCUGUAUUCUACUUAUGUCUUUUGUGGCCCCGUUUCUAACACGGCGCUGAGGCCUCGUCCUCCGUAUUCUCCAGGUCGUGUCCGAGGAGGAGUCCAAUUUCACACAAAAAGAGGUAUUAAAGCUCAGGAAUUUGUUGAUUAUGAUCCUAAUCUUCUAGAUGAUCCCCAGUGGCCUUGUGGGAAACAUAAGCGUGUGCUUGUCUUCCAGUCCUACAUGACCACAGUGAUUGAGUAUGUGAAGCCGUCAGACCUGAAGAGAGACAUGAAUGAAACCUUUGGAGAAAAGUUCCCACAUGUGCGACUAACUCUCAGCAAAAUCAGGAGUCUGAAGAGGGAGAUCAGAAAGCUGGCCCAGGAGGAUUGUGGGUACGAGGAGCCGACAGUAGCCAUGGCUUUUGUUUAUUUUGAGAAGCUGGCUCUGCUCUCUAAGAUCAAUAAGCAGAACCGGAGGCUGUGUGCUGGAGCCUGCAUCCUACUGGCUGCCAAGAUAGGCAGCGAUCUGAAGAGACCUGAGGUGAAGAACCUGAUCGACAGGCUGGAGGAGAAGUUACGUCUGAAUCGAAAGGAGCUUUUGGCGAUUGAGUUUCCGGUGUUUGUAGCCUUGGAGUUUGAGCUACAUCUCCCCCAUCACGUGAUCCAGCCUCACUACAGACGCCUCCUGCUCAACUCUUAAAACUAGAAAAACACAGUAGAGACAACACAAUAUCACUUUUAUCAAUUCUUGAGUAUCAGCUCAUCCUGGUCCUACAUUUUCUCUUUAAAAACAUCAGUACUGGGACAUUCCACCAAAUCAGUACCAUUUCUGUCUCCAGGAAGUUACAUGUAUAAAUGUGCACACAAACUAACUUUAAAAUACAUUUUAUUAUUUAGCAUAGUGUCUUCUACAUUGACCUAAUUGCAAAAGUAAGAUAUGUAAUUAAAAACAUUAAUAAAAACCACUUAUAACACUGAAAAAUAGCAUUUGUUACCUG